AUGAGUGCUCCUGGAAGACAGAAAAGUCCGGGCGGUGGAGGAUUGAUUCUCCCUGACGGUUGCAACAGCAGCGGCGGUUUGUCGCAAGAAGUCAUGAUGAAAAUGAUGGAAGCCCAAGUCAUUCAAGGAUACAGAGCACCCGGUCAGCAGUACCAUGCUCCGCCUGUGGAAUGGGUCAAAAAUACACUGGAUGGUUCCGUCUUGACGGACCACAAGGGCUAUCCCAUCAGUGUCAAUCGACUGCUCGCCACCAGACCAUUGCGUGCCGAACUUUCCAGCCGUCCAGGACCCGGUGGAAAGAAAUUGACGUACAUUAGUGGCGAAGGAGUCACUCGGGCGCUCAAUGAAAUCUUUGGUUUUGACGGAUGGAACAUGGAGAUUGUCAAGACACAACGAGAAGUCUGUAACAAAGAUGACAAGGGACGCUUCCAUGUCGCUUACACGGCGCAUGUUCGAUUGACGCACAAAAAGAGUGGCACCUACAAGGAAGACGUGGGAUCUUCCGACAGUGUCGAUCGAACCAUGGGAACUGCCGUCAGCCAUGCGCUCAAGGGAAGCAUCACGGAUGCGCUCAAGCGCGCCGCGAGACAUUUUGGAGAAAAACUCGGCAAUACGCUUUACGUUGGAGAUUUCACCAUCAACAAGGCUCCACUCACACUGCGAGACGCUCUAGACUUUUACGACAAUGAACGAGAAAACACCAAAUUUGGACCAUCUACCAAGCCUAUCCAUGUCAACAAGGAGACUCCUUCUCCACUAGUGGAUCAAAAGAAUGGCGCUGCUAGCGGAAAUCGGAAUGUGGCCACUGUCGGGUCAACCAAAACACAUCAGCAGCAGCCAAUGGCACAGCCCAACAACAACUACAACAAACCGAGUGCUGUAAGCAACCAAAAUAAGAACAACAGUGGUUCGGCUGUCAACAACAUGCAGUCCGUCUCUAUUGCAGAGGCGCAUCCACGAACCAACGGGCGAUCGUCCUUGGAUGGGCGGCCCAUGGUGGCGAUGGGAGCGAUGGUUACCAAGACACCUUCCAACAAUCCGCAACUCGCCGCCUCCAAACAGCAAAACCCUAUUGUUUCGGCAACACCCAAGGUUCCAAACAAUGCUCGUGAGAGCCAGGAAUCGCUCAAAAGUCGUUUGGGACCAGCGCCCAACUUUCAGCUUCCUCCACCUUCUCGACAGAGUAGUUCGUACGCCCAGAACGCUUCGCUACGUCCUCCGCCUUCUGCGGCCGAUCGACUCAGCUCUGGAAACAUGUUUGCAGGUGGGCUCACUUUUGACCAUGAUACAGACCCACAGCGUGGCCAUGGCAAUCAACGUGUUGUUGCCCACGCCAACAAGGAAAACUCACAAGGUCGACCAUCUCAGCAGCAGCAUCAACAAGGACCGGGGCUUUUGAAACGUCAUGCAUCGGUACCGACCGACGUGGGCACGAACAAGAGAAUGAAUGCAAAUCCGUACCAGCGCUAG